CGUUUUAUCUUGUAAAUACCUCUACGUAUAUAGUAACGUUAAUAAUUUAGUGAUAGUAGAGCACUUGACUGAAUCAUGCCUGUUCUAUUGCUGGCCAUCGGUGUUGUAACGGUGUUAGUGGUAUACAGUGUGAGGUACAAGGAGACAAAGCCUAUAUUCGGGGUGUACUCAGUGCCUGGGAAGUGGUAUUAUUUGAAAUAUGUCGUGUUCGCGUGCUUGUAUUAUUUUAGAAAGUAUGCGAAUAGGAACUCUGGCGCCGGCUCAAAAGGGCGGGCGGGUCAGGGAGUCAAGGCUAUAGCGGACCCGGCGCAGAUGGACUGCGCCCAGCUCCUCAGCGACCAUGCUAAGGCAUUUGACGCUGUGUUCUUCAUAUCCGCGUCAAAAAAUGACAAGGACCAGGGAAUCUACGUCAUAUCUGGCUGCGAGCGCCGCCCAUUAGGCAUGUGUAACGGGUUGUUUUAUAUUGGAUUGCCAGGAAAAGGUCUGUUAUGCAGCAAAAAAAUCCCGGACACUGUUCUCUUUGGGGCUCAGAUCGGGGAAUUUGGAGCUGAAGGCAUUAAGAUGACGCCGGUCGAACCUAUGGCAAAAUGGAAAAUCAGUUACAAUGGGAAGAUGUGGUAUCAAAACGAGCCGGACAAGCUAGUCGACGUGGACUUCACGGGGGAGUGGACAGCCACCAGCAAGCACUUCGACUUCGACUCGGACUUGCACCCGCCCGCCGUCAUCAAGUCCAUCGCCAGGGAGAAGUGGAGCAGGGCUUACUUCAAUCACUUGAAAACCGCUCAUCAGUCUCACUAUGAGCAGUUCGGACAGCUAAAAUGCAAGUUCAAGAUCAAUGACGAGUCGUUUGAAUACACAUUGCCGUCUUUCAGAGAUCACAGCUUUGGUCAUAAACGAGACUGGAGUCUGAUGCACAGAUACGCGUUCCACCACAUCUUCCUUCAGAACGGCACCAGUAUCAGCGUCGGGGUCAUCUGUCAGCCGUCUACCGCUACCGAAUUUGAAGUUGGGACGAUCGCUUUCAAAGACGGGACAGUCCUGCCCAUCAAAUGGGUAGAGCUGAAGCUGUACCAACACGGGGAAGGGGGCGAAGCGCCCAGGGACUACGCCUUCAGGUUCCAAGCCGGAGACGAGGUCUACACAGUACAGGUUAAAGUGGAGUACGAAUCGGUCCACUACGUAUCUGACGAGUGGGAGGCUCGGAUGGUGGAGCGCUUCUGUGCCUUCUCAGUGAACAACGUCCCCGGACGGGGCGUUUCGGAGUUCCACUAUCGGCACACGGGCGGCCGCCCCGAGACCGCGGCCAAAGAUGACCCGGAAUGGUUCAGGAAGAUGUGCCAUAAAGUUUAAUAUCGCUCCCAUAAUACUCAGUUCGUACUAAACUACUUACUUAACAUAAAUAAAGUAUAUUACUGGAAACUACGUGUUAUGCGUAAAUAUUUUAAGUCCACUUGUUUUUUCGAGUGUAAGCAGAUGUAAAAGUAAAGUUAACGUAUUAAUUUGUAGUUUAUAAUAAACUGAUUUUAUAUGAA